UCAUCUUUAUUUCAAUAAGUGUGGUGUUGGAGGGAGCGAGGAUGGGAUGGUGAAGCUGCGUGCCAGCCUGCGGGGAGCGAGAGAGGUUGUCAUGGCGACGUGACUGAUGACUGAUGGGGCUCGUCCUCACAGGGGUGACCCUGCCGACUAGAUAUCUAGUGAUCCUUUCGUUUUGUGAAUGUCUUGGCCUGGUGUCGUAGAAACAGUCAGUCAGGAGAGGCACCCAUGGGCAGGGAGCACGUCCUUCUCGGUGUGGGGCAGUGUGGCCUCGUAGAUUUGUCAUGACCAGAACAGUAGCAUGCCGCGUCUCGAGUGUCAGUGUACUGGUGGCUGGAAAUGUGUUUAGUUACAGACUCUGAUGGAAGUUUGUUGGAUAUAAGUUUGAUUCCUUGGAAGCCGAUUAUCGAGCGACAAGAGAGGCUUGCGGCGUUGCUCCCUUCCACUCACGAGCCUCACUGUACCGCGCACGCUCAAUGUGUGCCUGGCGUCCGGGCGGUGUGGCGGUGAGUGCGCGGCGUGUGGCAGCUGGCCCAGCCAUCAGGGCCAUGUGACGAGUCCUCCAUCCCAAAUCACCGUCAUCUUCAUUUUGACCUUAGACAGUAGCAACCGUGGCCCCCGACAGCACCACAGCCAGGUGCUGGGGGCGAGGAGGAUGGCACUCCACUGGGAAAAGCUCUCGCCGGCGGAGUUUCAACAGUUGCAGGAUUUGACAGCAUACUCUACCAAGAAACUUGAGAAUGUCUUGAAGGAAUUCACGGGUUCCGGUCCUCUCUCCAAAUACAGUCUCGAUGGGGACAUUGACUAUGAAGGGUUCCGGCAGUUCAUGAAUAUCUACCUGGAAGUGGAGAUGCCAGAGGAGCUAUGUAGACACCUGUUUCUGUCCUUUGUCAAGCGUCCACGACCUCAGCCCGUCGAACCCAAAUCCAUCAAGGAAAUGGCAGUAAUGUCCUCGGCCACCGCGUGUGCCCCCAUCACUUCCCACAACACUUCAGGAGGCUCCAUCAGUAACCUGGCCUCAUGCGCGAUGACCGAGAAUGUGUCUGCCAAGUCAGAGGGAGGCGGUGGUCUGGCGGAGAAGCUUCACGGCCUUACGGAGAAGCUGUCAUCCCUGGGCCACAACCGCUCAGACUCCGAGGCCUCCAGCCGCACCCGCACUGGCAGCAUAGGGGCGUGCGUGCAUCCGCUGGUCACCGUGACUCAAACCAACAGUUACACCGACGGCAAGAUUGAGAAGAGCACAGACUCUUCACCUUCACAUUCUCAAAUGUCACGUUCAUCUUCCAAAAAAUCCAAUAAUUCCCUUCUUGUCACUAAUGGCAAACUUGAAGACAUGAAGCACUUGGUGAGGAAGUCCAGCAGCAUUGAGGUGCACACUGUGAGGGUGAGCCUGAAGGACAUCAUCUGCUACCUAACGCUGCUGGAGGGCUGCCGGCCAGAGGACAAGCUGGAGUUCAUGUUCCGGUUGUAUGAUACGGAUGGCAAUGGAGUACUGGAUACCAAUGAAAUUGAUUGCAUUAUUAAUCAGAUGAUACAAGUAGCGGACUACUUAGACUGGGAUGUCACUGAGCUGAGACCAAUCCUGACAGACAUGAUGACAGAGAUAGACUAUGACAAUGAUGGCACCGUAUCCCUGGAGGAGUGGAAGAGGGGAGGCAUGACCACCAUCCCCUUGCUGGUGCUUCUGGGACUGGACACGAACUUAAAAGAAGAUGGUAACCACGUGUGGCGGCUGAAGCACUUCAGCAAGCCAGCCUACUGCAACCUGUGUCGCAACAUGCUGAUGGGCCUUGGAAAGAAGGGCCUGUCCUGUGUCUUUUGUAAGUAUACUGUACAUGAACGUUGUGUCCAGCGAGCACCAGCCUCAUGCAUCGCCACCUAUGUGAAAAGCAAGAAAACGUCUCAAUCAAUGCUGCAUCACUGGGUGGAAGGCAAUUGUCCUGGCAAGUGUUCUCGAUGUAAGAAGGCCAUCAAGAGUUACAAUGGCAUCACUGGACUUCACUGCUCCUGGUGUCACCUUAGACUACACAACAGAUGUGUAUCUCAAGUAAAGCCUGAGUGCAAUUUUGGUGAGCACAGAGUACAUGUUCUUCCCCCUACAGCCAUCUGUCCUACUGUGCUGGACCGCCAGAAAUCUAUUACUAAAGAGAAGAGAGAUGUACAGCGGUCUGAAUCUACACCUAGUGGCCUCAGUGAUGGGACUGUUUCAGCCCCAAUGUCCUUCCAAAUCACUCCUCCGCCUGGAACCCACCCACUGGCUGUGUUUGUGAAUCCUAAGAGUGGGGGAAGGCAGGGGACAAGGAUUCUCAGGAAAUUCCAGUACCUGCUAAACCCUCGCCAAGUCUACAAUUUAGCUAAGGAGGGUCCUGUGGCUGGCCUUCAGCUCUUCAAAGAUGUCCCUAACAUGCAAGUCAUUGUGUGUGGAGGGGAUGGUACUAUUGGCUGGAUUUUGGAGCAAAUGGACAAGGUCCAGUGGGCACAGGUGCCAAGUGUGGGCAUCAUGCCCCUGGGGACAGGCAAUGACCUGGCCCGAUGCCUCAGGUGGGGAGGAGGAUAUGAAGGGGAAAGUCUUCACAAAAUUCUAAAGAAAAUAGAAAAAUCCACAGUGGUGAUGAUGGACCGUUGGCAUAUAGAAGUUUCAGAGCAGACAGGGACACAGGAAGGUGAUGAAGUUGGAGACAAGAUACCAUACAAUAUUAUCAAUAACUAUUUUAGCAUAGGUGUGGAUGCUGCUAUUGGAGUCAAGUUUCAUUUAGAACGUGAAAGAAAUCCAGAGAAGUUCAAUAGCCGGAUGAAGAACAAGCUUUGGUAUUUUGAGUAUGCUACCUCAGAGACGUUUGCCGCCUCUUGCAAAAACCUUCAUGAAGAUAUAGAUAUAAUGUGCGACGGUGUCUCCUUAGAUCUCUCCAACGGCCCCUCCCUGCAAGGCAUAGCUGUCCUGAACAUCCCAUACACUCACGGAGGCUCCAAUAUGUGGGGAGACACCACCUUGAAGAAAAGAAAUAAAGCAACUAAAAGUAAAAAGAAAAAAGACAGAGAGAGAGAACUUUCAACCUCCUCUUUUACAUCUGCUGAUUUAAGCACUGCCAUUCAGGACAUUGGUGAUAAGCUUAUUGAAGUCAUUGGAUUUGAGAAUUGCUUACACAUGGGCCAAGUGAGGACUGGUCUGAGAGGGUCAGGCCGACGCUUGGCUCAGUGCUCUUCAGUUGUCAUCCGCACCAGGAAAAAGUUUCCCAUGCAGAUUGAUGGCGAACCAUGGUGCCAGCCUCCCUGCACUAUACACAUAACUCACCACAAUCAAGUGCCAAUGUUGAUGGGUCCCAGAACGAGUCGAAGAAAAGGCAUUUUUUCCUUCAUUCGUAAGUGACAGCAGGAUCCAGGGGCAGCCCAAGGUGCCCCAAAGUGUCCUAAAGAUUCUCUCAGGUUUUCUAAGCUUAGAUGUCUUGCAAGAAAACAUUAAACUAAACUUGAAGCUUAGAAGAAUAAUUCAGAUGAGGAUCCUCAAUAUGAUACAUUUAUCAGAUGUGUGAAGGUAUGUAUGAAUCUUGAGACACAGUAUAUGCUAGUUGAUUCUUUGGCAGUUGUUAUUUAGUGUGGAUUGUUUUGUGUGUUACAUGUUCAUCUCCAUUUUCUCAUCAUAAUGCUGUUCUGAAGUAUGAAUGCUUUCUUAUAUUUAUGUAGCUUUUAUUAAGGUGCUCAAAGAGAGAGAGAGAGAGAGAGAGAGAGAGAGAGAGAGAGAGAGAGAGAGAGAGAGAGAGAGAGAGAGAGAGAGAGAGAG